GACCGGUACAACUCUACCCUUUCGGUUCCUUUCUUUCCCUCCUCUCUCUUUCUCACUCAGUUUCAUUCUUCGACACAGUCAAGCUUACAGUUUUCUUUCUAUUGCAAGAAAAUGGAGAAGAAGAAGAAACAAACUACUUCUCAAAGAAACGACACAAAACCAAAGUCUUUUGGUGCCAACGCACUGAAAAUCAGUGGAGACGAUGCUUCCCGUCUAAUUGGUAGUAUAAUCGAAAAGGGUAUUUCAGAAAACCCACAAAACAAGCCUGUUGCUCCCGUUCCGCCGCCUAAAGUCACCGUUUUACCUUUCCCAGUGGCUCGGCACCGCUCCCAUGGACCUCAUUGGGGUCCAACCAGUAGCAAAAAUGUUGUUAAUGACAAUAAUGAAGAUGAUGGGGAUGAGGAUGAUAGGGAUAAUGAUUCAACUGAUUUUGACCCGAUAUCAGCUUUUGCAAACCCAGUGCAGAGGAAGCAGAAAAGGGGCUUGGAUCUUAGCCAGUGGAGAGAUAUAAUCCCAAGUGACAAUCUGUUGGAGACUGAUAAGUUGGAAGGAAAUGGGAGACAGUUGAAGAAGACGGGAAAACAAAGCCAAGAUAGCGAAGCAGUUGAUAAUCAGGGCAGGAAAAACAUAUCAGGUGAUGUCUCUCCUGUUGAUAAGAGUCCAGUGGAGAUGUAUGGGGAGCGGGAUUCCAAAUCUUCUAUGCCUCCAAUCAAAAUUGGGGAAUCCAUGUCAAGUGAUAUGGAUGUUGGGUCUCUCACUUCAGUGGCUGAUGUGGAAAUAAAUAACUCGCAUCAAUUACAUGUUCAGGAGAAAAUUAGAGAUGCCAACUCUAGUGUCUUCAAAAGUGAAGAAGGAUCUGUCAAAAGCUUGUCCAUUAAUGAUGUCACUGAAGUACAACUUGAGAAAAUGAAGAAGGUGGAUCCUGUAUUAGCAGAGAUGCCAAGUAAGCGAACUUGUAAAACUUCAAAUAUGGUUUCUAGUUCUAGUUUAAAAAAUUUUGGAAUUGAACAAGAAUUCAUGUCUCUUGAAAGUGAAAUUGAUGCUGAGAAUCAUGCGCGGUUGAAGAGUAUGUCACCUGAAGAGAUUGCAGAAGCACAGGCUGAGAUAAUGGGGAAGCUGGACCCUGCAUUGAUAAACUUAUUUAAAAAGCGGGGCCAAGAAAAAAUGAAGCCACGAAAUCUCUCAAGGUCAGAUAAAGCCAUUAAUGGUGAACUUGGUACUACUCUACGUGAAGAUCAAACAACCAAAUACUCAAAUGUUUCUUCACAUGUGAAGAAUGAUAAUUCUGAUACUGUGAAAAUAAGUACGUCAAUGGAUAAAAAGAAUGGAUCAAAUAAUGGUUCAGUGCAGGAUUUAGGUCUAAGUGAUGGCACCAUGUGGAAUAGUUGGAGCGACAGAGUUGAGGCUGUUCGGAUAUUAAGAUUCUCUAUAGAGGGGAAUGUUAUUGCGGCUGAAACAGAAACUGGUGAUAUAUCCAUCGGCAAUAAGGAUAGUACUGUAAGUGUUUCUGAACGUGACUUUCUGCGGACUGAGGGUGACCCUGCUGCAGUGGGUUACACUAUCAAAGAAGCUGUUCAACUCACUAGAAGUGUAAUUCCAGGACAACGGGCCCUUGCAUUGCAUCUCCUUGCAUCUGUGCUUGAUAAAGCAAUAUACAACAUUCAACAAAAUCAAGUUGGGUGUACACUAAAAAAUGCUAAUCUAGUUGACAAGUUGAAUGAUUGGGAAGCUAUUUGGGCUUAUGCACUUGGACCUGAACCUGAGCUUGUUUUAUCAUUAAGGAUGUGUCUCGACGAUAAUCAUAGUUCUGUCGUUUUAGCUUGUGCAAGAGUUAUCCAUUGUGCACUGAGUUGUGAUUUGAAUGAAAACUUCUUUGAUAUCUCAGAGAGAAUAGCAGUCUAUGAGAAAGUUAUUUUCACUGGCCCUGUAUUUAGAAGCAAACCAGAGCCCAAUGUUGGUUUCCUUCGUGGUGGCUUUUGGAAGUACAAUGCAAAGCCUUCCAACAUUCUAACUUCCACCAAGGAUGUAAUUGAUGAUGAGACUGAAGGGGAACAUACAAUUCAGGACGAUCUUGUUGUUGCUAGUCAAGAUUUUGCUGCUGGUUUGGUUAGGAUGGGAAUCCUUCCAAGAAUGCUGUAUCUUUUGGAGGCUGACCACAAUGCAACUUUAGAAGAAUACAUAAUUUCUAUACUUAUCGCAAUCACAAGGCAUUCCCCAACUUGUGCAAAUGCAAUUAUGAAGUGCCAUGGACUUGUUGAUACAGUUGUUCGGAAAUUCACUAUGGCUAACGCUACAGAAAUUCAUCCUAUUAAGAUAAAGUCUGUUAAACUUUUGAAGGUAUUGGCUCAAUCUGACAGGAACAAUUGCUCGGUAUUCAUAAACAAUGGGUCUUUUCAGGCUAUGAUUCAGCAUUUGUUUCGGUACACUUCCUCCCUUGACCAUUGGGUGAAGUCUGGAAAGGAAAGCUGUAAACUUUUAUCUGCUUUAAUGGUUGAACAACUACGUUUUUGGAGGGCCUGCAUUGAUUAUGGGUUCUGUGUAUCAUACUUUUCAGAUAUCUUUCCGGCCCUGUGCUUGUGGUUGAAUCCUCCUACAUUCAACAAACUUCUGGAGAACAAUGUUCUUAGUGAUUUUUUUUGUGUCUCUCGGGAGGCAUAUCUUGUUUUGGAGGCCUUGGCUAGAAGGCUUCCAAGUUUCUAUUCACAAAAGCAUCUAAGCAAUCAAAUCUCAGAUUUUGCUGGUGAAGAACUAGAAACCUGGUCUUGGAGUUUUGUUACUCCAAUGGUUGAUUUGGCUUUGAAGUGGAUAGCAUCUAGGAAUGACCCUUAUGUUUCUAAACACUUUGAGAGCGAAAAUGGAAUUAGGAGUGGCCUUGCUUUCCAAGAUUUGUCAGAUAGCUCAUUCUUGUGGGUGUUUUCAGCUGUCAUGCAUAUGCUUUCCACAUUGCUUGAAAGAGUGAAUGCAGAGAAAACCAUGAGUCCCCAAGGAAGUAGCAAGCAGGUACCAUGGUUGCCAGAGUUUGUUCCUAAGAUAGGACUUGAAAUUAUUAAAAACCUGUUUUUAAGUUCCAAUGGCACAGAGGAUCAAGGAGACGGAAAAUUUGUUAAGGAACUUUGUCAUUUGAGACAGAAUAGUAAAUUUGAAUCAUCAUUAGCUUCUGUGUGUUGCCUUCAUGGACUUCUCCGGGUUAUUACUUCGAUUGAUAACUUGAUCACCAUGGCUAUGAAUGAAAUCCAUAGCCAUCCAUCCAAAGGUUAUAAUUUCUCAAGAGAAGGGAAAAUACUUGAGGAUGGAAUAUUGAAGAGUUCUAUGAUUGAAUGGAGAUGUGUGCUCAAUGUUUUCAUGAAGUUCGUGGGAUCAGAGUGGCAUGCCGUGCAGUCCAUUGAGGUUUUUGGUAGAGGAGGACCUGCUCCAGGGCUGGGGGUUGGCUGGGGUGCCUCUGGUGGAGGAUUUUGGUCAAUGACUGUUUUGUUGGCUCAAACAGACGCCAGAUUACUAAUUUACAUGCUUGAAAUUAUUCAGAUGGUGUCUAUCACAGAAUUAUCAAGAGAUGAAGAGAUGGCUUUUGCUAUGCAUAGAGUUAAUUCUUUGUUGGGAGCAUGCUUAAUUGUUGGGCCAAGGGAUAGGAUUGUGAUGGAGAAUGUGUUAGACAUUUUGCUUCAAGUACCUGUUCUCAAGUAUCUUGAUUUCUGUGUGCAGCGUUUUCUUCCAUCCAAUCUGAGGAUGAAACCAUUUAGAUGGGAAUAUAAAAAGGAGGACUAUUUGCACCUCCGUGAGAUAUUAGCUUCUCACUUUAAAAACAGAUGGUUGUCUGUCAAAAAGAAAUUGAAAGCCACAGAUGAAAAUAUUUCUUCUGGGAACAAAAGUCUUAAAAAGGGAAGGGUUUCUCUGGCCACCAUACAUGAGGACUUGGAUACAUCAAAUAUGACAAAUCAAGAUCAUUCCUGCACUUCUUUGACUGUGGAGUGGGCUCACCAGAGAUUGCCACUACCCAUGCAUUGGUUUCUCAGUCCUAUCUCAGUCAUCUCUGGUGACAAACAUGCUGGUCUUCUUAGUGCUUCUGAUAUACCAAAUCCCAUGCAGGACACCGGUGACAUAGUUGAAGUUGCUAAAGCUGGACUUUUCUUUCUACUAGCUAUGGAAGCCAUGUCCACUUUCCUAUCUAGUGAUGUACACUCUCCCAUUCGCUAUGUACCUUUAGUCUGGAAAUUGCAUUCAUUAUCUGUCAUAUUACUUGUUGGAAUGGAUGUUCUUGACGACAACAGGAGUAGGGAUGUUUAUGAAGCCUUACAAGACAUAUAUGGACAACUUCUUGAUGAAGCUAGAUAUACUAAAAGUGCUGUGCACAUUUUGGAUGGAAAUGUGAAUUUAUUGUCGGAAACUGAGAAAAGAAACAUGCCAUACUUUCUGAAGUUUCAAUCAGAGAUUCAAGAGAGUUACUCUACAUUUCUCGAAACACUUGUGGAGCAGUUUUCUGCUGUAUCAUAUGGUGAUUUUAUUUUUGGCCGUCAAGUUGCUGUAUAUUUACAUCGUUCCACUGAAUCAGCUGUGAGACUUUCUGCCUGGAAUUUACUGUCUAAUGCUCGUGUUCUUGAAAUUCUGCCACCAUUGGACAAAUGCAUCGCUGAGGCGGAAGGAUACCUUGAACCAAUUGAGGAUAAUGAAGCCAUUUUGGAAGCAUACAUGAAGUCAUGGGUUUCAGGUGCUCUUGACAGAUCUGCAGUUCGAGGAUCGAUGGCGUAUAGUCUUGUUUUGCAUCACCUUUCAUUUUUCAUUUUCUUUGUUGGUUGUCAUGAUAAGAUAUCACUACGAAAUAAGCUUGUAAAGUCUCUUUUGAGAGACUACUCCCAGAAGCAAAAACGCGAGGGAAUGAUGUUGGAUCUUGUACAGUAUCCCAAACCACAUCCUUACAACAACAAUAUCGAGAAAAGAUUUGAAGUACUUGCGGAAGCUUGUGAUCGGAAUAGUGUUCUUAUGGCUGAAGUUGAGAAACUAAGGUCUGCUUUUGUAAAGAAACUGAAUAGUUUAUGAAGGAAAAUUUGACGUGCAUAAAUAGAGAAAGAACAAGAAUAGAGAGGAGCAUGUACAUAAGUUAACCUGCCGUAUUUUAGCAUGAAUGAAAGUGGUCAAAGUUUUGAGUACAAGCUGCAAGGGGUGAGACCAAAGGUCGGUUCGGUCCAACUAAGACCAAAAAAUACAAACUGAAAUUGGCUUCUGAACUGAACCAGUUGGUUCGGUCAAUUUUUUCGGUUUAGUAUUAAACCCAACUGAUAAAUCUCUAUUAAAUCGACUCAAACUGAACAAUAACUUUGCUUUAAACCGAAUGGAAUGAUAAACUGAAUCUCUUCGAAUAA